AUGCAAGAGUGGUAUUUUACCAACGGAAUUACCUUUACGUUUUUCUCGCCAUUCCUCGAAAACCUUGAGCGCCCAGGUGGUCAGCAGUUUAACCUGACAGGAUCUCCGAAGAUUCCAGUUCUUGGAGAAGAGUUUAAUUGGACAUGUGAAGCUUUUGUACCUCCUGCGGAAAGAUCUGCUGAUGUGUUCUUUUACAGAAACAGCUACAGUUCUGUUUUAGCCGCAGUUAUUGGUUCCAAGUGUUAUACCUUUGGUAGAGAUCCGAGAUACAUCAUUGAAUGUUUGUCCGAAUCGACCUUUACUUUAACUAUACCUGCGGAAAACAUGACUGAAUAUGAGCAAAACAGUAUUUGGAGUUGUAGAAGUUCUGGUAAUCUGCUUUAUCGAAGUCCAGAAUUCGUGCUCAAUAUUGAAAGCCUAGGACCACCGUAUGUGCCUCCAAAUUUAGAUGGAUACCACUUUGUAGUUGAGAAUACAAAUCUUUCUGUAAACUGUGGCGCAGCUGAUAAGAAUGCUACUUCUGUUGUGUUUUGGGAAAAGUUAAGCGAUGACUCCUUUAAACAGAAUGGAACAACAAUGGAACUUCUUCACGCAUUGAGAAAUAGUUCGGGUAUCUACAAAUGCAACGCAGAAAACUUCUACAGCAAUGGCGACAAAAAGACGUCUAGGCAGUAUAUUCAUGUUAAAGUUUUAUAUGAACCGUCUGUGUCCUCUCUGAAUAAUCAAACUAUACUAGAGGGAGAAAACCUCUCACUCACUUGUAAUGUGACGGCUGGAUACCCAAGAUCCUCUGUAAUCUUCUGGACAAAGACAGACGACCCUAGCUUUAGAUUUAAUGGGAAAAGAUUCACUAUAUCUAGAAUACAAAGGAGCAGUUCUGGUACCUAUGGGUGUACGGCAGAAAACUACUACAAUAGUCUUGGGAAAGGGUCGAGUAGUCAAAUAAUGACCGUUAAUGUUCUCUAUCCACCGUUAGUGCACGCACCUGACGAACAGAGGGUAAUAGAGGGCGCUAAUCUCGCAGUCAACUGCAAUGUGAUGGCUGGGAAUCCAAGUUUUUUUAUUGUCUACUGGACCAAGCUUGAUGAUCCCCUGUAUAGAAAAGACGGAGCUAUACUACAGCUUCUUAACAUUCAGAGAAACAGUUCUGGUACAUAUAUAUGUAUUGCAGAAAACUACAUCAAUGAAAGUUACAUGGGUGUGGCCAAUCAGUCAAUGCAUGUGGAUGUUCUUUAUCCACCUAGUAUAGAGGAAACAUCACGUUUUAUUGUGAAUGAAAGUCAAAAAAUAGCAUUAUCCUUCGCGAUCAGCAGUAAUCCACUGUCCAAUGUCUCCUGGUAUAGUGGAGCAGAGUUACUGAAAGUGGAGACAUCAGUGGAAACUGCUACGUUAACGAUAGAGAAGGCCUUGUGUACAGAUACAAAGAACUUUACCCUUAUAGCCAGUAACGGAAUGCACAUUAAUGCCACAUUUACGGUGGAAUUAAUUGUCAACUGUAAACCACAUGAACAUCGCAAUAUUACCUUGGGAAUUGCAGAUGAAAUAGGAAUUGAAUUUUCAACAACUAUAAUUGCAUACCCGGAGCCUCAGUAUGUACUGAAGUAUAUAAAUGGAACUACAAACACUAAUAUGGCUCGUUUUAUAUUCAGGAAUGCCAUAAAUAAUUUCACAAUUUCUUAUACCAAGAAGACAGUGCUACAAAGUGAUUUUGGAAUCUAUGUUUUAGAAAUUAUGAAUUCAUUUGGGAUUUCUAGAAUUUUUAUCGAAGUAAUACCUCGAUGGAAACCAAGUAAACCACGAGACAUUGAAGCAUCAUGUUUGGUAACACAGGCAAAGAUACGAUGGACAUCAUCUUUUAAUGGGGGUUCCAAACAAACAUUUACCGUCACUUCAUUGAAUGACGGCUUUGAAUCAGGCUGGUCAAGUCCUAUUCCAGAUAGGGGAUCUAAUAUUAUUCACGAAACUUACAUAGGAUAUCUUCAACCAUCCAAAUUUUAUGAGUUUUAUGUUUCUGCUAAAAAUAUGCAUGGUAUCACAAAAUCAAACAGAACCAGCUGUACAACAAUGGCAGUUCUAUAUUUACCUGAAGCGCCAUCGACAGAAGCUCUCAGUUAUGAAGUUAAGAUUGCGAUCGGGAGCUUUGGUGGAUCUCUAGUGUUCACUACAAUGGUUGUCCUUGCUAUCGUCAUAGUUCGUCGCUAUAAAUGUUCCUGCAUGAUAGAAUUUAGAAGGAGAAACAAAGAGGGGAAAGAAGAAUCAACACAAGAAGAGAAUGAAAAUCAUUAUGAGGAGCUAACUGGUAAAUAUCCAUCGGAAUUUAGGAACAUAUUUGAUAUACGAGUACAAAUAUACCCAGAAGAAAUGGCAGAAAAGACUGAUGAUUCUAGUACAAAAGACGAAGAUUCAUCUACAGGUCAAUCCGUCAACAAACAAGUGACAGAAAUCUUGGGUUUAGUUCAAAUAGAAACGGAAACAAAACCGUCAAAGUAUAACGUGAAUAGGAUUCACUCCUUAGGAGAUGAGUUGAAUAAGCAUAAGUUAUUCAAGAAUCCUAAAAUCAGAUGGGACGAUGUGAAGGAAGGAAGAAUGAGUAAACCCGAACUGUUCCUCUGGCUGAGAGAAAACUCGGAGAAAUCUUUCUCCACUAGGGAAAUUUAUAUGACAUGGGUUAAAGAAUGGGAUAGAGAAGUCUUUCUACGCAUUCAUAAAGAAGAAAUAAACUACAUUAUGAAUAAGCUGAACAAGAGAACAUCCUAUAAAACUGCUGAAUGGUUUAACAGCAAUAAAAUGAUUGUUCAGGAUGGUGCAGAAAUGCUCGAUAACCUUUCAUUCGCAUUUGGAGACAGAACCACUGUUGAGAUGAAAAUUCGCCAGGAGAUAAAGAAGCACAGAGUACAUUAUAAUGAAUUUGACAACUGCUCCAAAUGGAUUACCGAAUUUCUUAACCAGGAAAGUCCAGACACAUGGAACCCGUUUGUAUUUUACAUUUGUGCAAACGCCUUCCGCUGCACAGUUUGUAUCGUGGUAUCUGGUCGUGAGGAAUACAGAAUCCACUCCUUGGAACAAGAGUCUCACAUGGCCAUUGUUCAUUUUGGUAUCAUAGGAUCAUCCCAGUAUGUGUAUUUGAGAUGCAACAGAAAAGUAUUUGAUGCUUUGAAUAUAUUUAGAUUAUCUUCCGCCAAAUUUGUGGAUGAUUCACGGGAAGGAGAGUUUGAUGACUUGGUUCAAGAUAUUUCUGUAAAAAUGAAAAUGUUUGCAAAGAAAAUCGAAACUUGUGCGGCUAAUGCAAAAGACACACUAGUACCCCAGUCACUUUCUGAAUGUAAAGAAAGCAUCGGUCAACCAGAUGUAAUAAAGAAAUCUGACAACCAUCUUAAAAAGCAGAGCAGAGAUACCCCCACGAAGGGUCAAAAGAUGCAUGAAGGUUAUCUCUUUAAGAAAAAUGUGUCACCAUCACUUAGCCGGCCUGAUGUCAAAUCUAGAAACAAGGCAAGUCCUGUGAAUAAUGUUUACAACGUAUCAAGAUUAGCAACACCUUCUCCUUUUAAAGGCAAACAAAAGAAGAAAUCAUUUUUAAAAAGACUGGCAGAGGGCGAAAAUGCAUCUGAUGUUAUGGACAAUACUGUUGAGGUCAGAGGACACCUUGAGUCUUCAAGGUUACCGCACUCACUUCCCGAGGUUGAUACUAGUUAA